ACCGAUAUCCAAUAACACGCACUAGGAAUACAACAGAAGGCAUCUGAUCUAUAACCAGACUACAUCACACACGAGAGGAUGUCUUCCGAGUACAAGACAGUGAUACACAUCUCGUCGAGGGUCGAGAAGCCUCGCCAACGGACGGGGAGCGACCCGCUGGCGCACAGCGCCGCCACCAGGCUGAGGAGGGACAGCUCUCCGUCGAGCAGCAAGCAUAGCACGCCCACGGAACACAUAGAGAUUGGUCAACCAUGCCUCAAGUGUGGACACAAGUGCCCUGGAUACAUGCAGCACAUUUGGAGGAAGCAAUGCCUCCACUGUGGCUGUGGGCGGAGCUCUCACACCAUUGAGACUGAGCUGUCCUCAAUCAUUCCUCUAAUUGGGGGGCUUACUCUCGGGGAUGACUCGUCAAAACUCACCAGAGCCGACGUCGAUAGACUGAGAAAAUAUGCCUGGUAUCCUCCUGGUCUUGGCCAUGGGAUGGUAGAAAGGUACAUGGAGAGUCUGCCCAAGGAGUGUGUCCCAGCUCUUGGCACAGAGGGGGAGAGGUACCGUCGGACCCAGUGCUUCCAGCAGCUGCCAAUCUACGACUUCUCGCUCGAGGCUUGCCACAAGAUGAGCGAGCGAGAAGCCAAGCGUCACGCAAAGAUCACAACGAGGAGGAGAGACGAGGGAUUUGGAGUUGGGAUCGUUAAACUGCUGAGUAGCGAGCAAAAGAAGAUUUGUACAGAGUGUCUCCUGGGGAUCUCUAUGGGGUCUGUGUAUAUCUCCAGUGAGAGAGCGGGCCAGGACAAGCGCUGGCAUCCCACCUGCUUCAGAUGCAACACGUGUCACGAACUCCUGGUGGACCUCAUACACUACCAUUCACCAAAACACGAGGGAGUCUACUGCGGCCGGCAUCAUUUGGAGCUCUUGGUCCCUCGCUGUGCCGGCUGUGAUGAGAUGAUUCUUGCCACCCAUUUCACCGAAGCGGCCGGGCAGAAUUGGCACAAGGAGCACUUUUGCUGUCACGAGUGUGACGACCAGCUCGUGGGAAAGUCUUCCACGACUCACGAGGGAAAGAUCCUCUGCAAUCGUUGCUUCGGAAAGUACGCCUCGAAUUGUCACAGGUGUAAGAAGGCCAUUGGUAUAGACCAGAAGAAGCUGUCGGUCAAAGGGAAGCAUUACCACAGAGAGUGCUUCGUUUGCAAAAGAUGCAGGGAAGAUCUCGUCGGCGAGCGCUACUUUAUCAUCGACGACGACAUAAUCUGUUCGGACUGCACGAAACCAAUCGGGCAGUGUCAGGGGUGCAAGGAGGGGAUCAGACCGAGUGUUAGCUAUCUCAAGCACGGGGACAGAUGCUGGCACGCCGACUGCUUCAAAUGCAGCGCCUGCCGUGCCUGGCUCGUUGACGGGCAGUUUCACGAAAUGGCCAGCAGUGUCAUGUGCAACGCAUGCUAUGUGGAGAAGAUGUCCCCCAAGUGCAACACCUGCUCGCAGCCCAUCAAAGAGAAAGGGGUGACGUUUUCGCUCAAGUCGUACCACCUGGACUGCUUCGUGUGCACGUCCUGUAAGGAGCCUCUAGUUGGUCAGAACGGGAAGGUGAAGGAGAGCAACGGAGAGCCCUACUGUCAGAGCUGCGUGGACAAGUCCUACAAGAGAUGCUACAAGUGUAUGGGUGCCGUCACAACUCGACACACUGUGUACAACGGGCAUACGUUUCACCUCCAGUGUUUCCAGUGUAGCAAGUGUGGCAGAAGCAUCGGUGGAGCAGAGUUUUUCGAGGGAAAAAUCGGAGAGAUUUUGUGCUCACGGUCCGGUAAAACUGGGGCGACAGACGGCGGAAUGAGUCGUUUCCAUCGCUGCGCUUUUAUCGGACUGGUAUCGCUGUUGGGUGUGAUACUACUUACCUUGUUCCUGCUAUUCACUGACGUGGGCUUCUCUCCGUCGGGGGCCCGGACGGAGGCCCACUUGGAGAACGGGAACAUCUGGGCUGCCAAAAAACUGCGAGUGUCGGCAGAGUUGUCUUACUACUGGAUGGGAACACCCAGAGAUGCAGAGACAUCGACGACGCCCGGUGAGGUCAGUGCACAAGACAAAAGAGUGGGCCACCUUAGCACAGACAGCAGAGUAGUCAGAAAUGGUGAAGAACAAGCUGUCAGCAGCAAACACGACAGAGAUGACUACUGGAUAAAUAUACUGAGAAAUUCAACCGGUGAGGAUAGUGUACAAGAGAAAGGAGUAAAUCACCCAAGCACAGACAACAGACUAGCAAGAAAUGAUGAUCGGAUUGUUACCAGUAGAGAACACGAGAGAGAUGAAAAUUCACCGAGAGAUAAAGAAAACUCAACCAGUGCACAAGAGAAAGGAGUAGGUCACCAGCUAAGUGAUAUAAGAGUAGCCAGAAAUGAUGAUCAGAUUACCAGCAAUAAACACGUACAUAAUCGACCCAAGUUUGAUCACUCCUCCAGACAAGCAUUAUCCUAUCUCAAACCUAUCCAUAUCCAUAGAGAUAGACACAAGCACACAUCAGUACCAAACAACUCCACGCUAGUCACUACUGAACUGUCGGCUGUGGAUGAAAAAGAAGCAGCUACUGAGGCGGACGACACUGGUGGAGAUGAUUUCAGCGAAGUUGACAAUCUCUAUCAUGACGUAGAAUACACUACAGAAGAUGAGACAAAUAUUCAACUUGCUUUUAUGAAUGAAGUUGAUCAGGAGAAGCCGCCAAUUGAAGGAGCUGAUGGUGGAAAUCACAGUCAUGUCUACUCGUCGAGCUACAUGAAACCCGUGCUGAUAGAGAGAGCUAGCAAUGUACAGUUCCAUAUGCCGUGUCCCAAAGUCUACAAGUCGGUACCUGAAUUGGUCAUGGCAUCUUGGAUGAAACCUCUGCUGAGUGUCUUGAGCUCUUUCGAGGGGAAGCAGGUGACACUAGUCAUUGCAAACAACGCCUACCGUGACGUGUUACUCAAUUGGUUGAUAUCUGCUAAAAUUGUGAGCAAGCCUCCCAUUGAGAACAUUCUAGUGGUGAGUUUAGAUGGUGGCUUAUAUCGUCUUCUGCAGUCCAGGGACAUCCCCUCGAUAUUGGCUCCGUUUAGCACAGUUUUGAACAAAAAACACCGCUUCAGACGGUUUUUCGAGCUCAUCAUGAUGCUGAGACUGGCAUUUAUGAGACUCAUCAAUCGACUCGGCUACGACUGUGCAAUGUACGACAUUGAUGCGAUAAUUCUGAAGAAUCCUCAGCCACUGUAUGACAAGUGGGGAGACAGAGAUAUCGUAGGUUCGAGGGGACAGCUGCCUCGUGAGCUAUGGAGGAGAUGGGGCGCCACCAUCUGUAUUGGAGCAGUGUUCAUUAGGAGCAACCCAAGAACAGAAAUAUACUGGGAGUCCGUAUAUGCAGCCAGGUUGAAAGUGGGCCGGAUGGCCAACGACCAGAUACGACUGAACCACGGCCUGCACCACCUUCACGUCGAAUGGGAGCACAACAAAAACACCAAUAGAGAGCGACAGCACGACCAGCCGGCACUCGGUCGCUCUGACAGUAGCGGCCUCGGCGUGGCUGUCCUCCCGCUGAGCGACGUAUGCAGGUUCGACUGCUGGCCGAGAACCGCGGACGCUACUACAUCUGGCACAAGGGCGGGAGUCGGGACAAGAACAGCAAGAUGAAGGGAGCCAAGCAGGGCCGGACCUGGUUCCUCAAGGAGCGGUGGAACGAGCUCCAUUCCAACAUAGUCGUGGACGUCAGAGGAACCAAAUGGCUCAAGAGAAUUAGUAAUGGUGUCUGACUUCUCUUGCUAUCACUUAUGAAUAUUGUGCUGG